AUGUCGUCGGUCAAGGGCGAUGCCUCGCUCUCUGCCGCGGACCGCAAGGCGCGGCGGAAGCGGGCGCGGGCGCGGCGAGCAGGCAAGGUCGGGCCGGCCGACUCUGCGCCGCUGGUGGGAACAAGCACGCCAUCGACGGUCUCUGCCGUCUCGUCGGCCACGUCGGGCAUGUUCUCGUCCGAGGUCGGGGCAACGGCGCACGGCGAGCAGAUGAACGUGGGCACGAUUUUCUGGGCUGCGCCCGAGGUUCUCCUUCGAGGCUCGAUUGCGAUGACGCCGGCGUCAGACGCGUUCUCACUCGGCAUCACGCUGUGGGAACUUGCGACGCGCGGGACGCUGUACGCAGGCGAAAACGCUCUGGCGGUGGCGCUGGAGAUUGUGGACGGACGGCGGCCGGAUGUGGCCGGUACGCCGGCGUCGCUGGUGCCGCUGGUGCCUAUCAUGACGCGGCUGUGGGAGAACUCUGUGGAGCUGCGGCUGACGCUCGAUGAGGCCGAGGCCGAGCUGGCGGGCACAUACUCCAACUCUGCGGUGGUUUACCCGACGACGGCAGCUGAGCCGUCGGGCGAGAUCACGGCAGUGCACUGCACGCUGCGGAAUGCGCGGGUGCGGCUCCUGCGCGAUCCAGUCGAGACCGGGCGGGCGCUGCGUACAUUCCACACCCAGUUGCCGGAGCUGGCGAGUGACAUUGGGGUGAGCGUCCUCGCAUGGGGCUUGGGGUGGCUCACGCUUGGUGUUCAUCGGUCAACGCAACUGACGGAGCUGCUUGGGCGGUGUCAGGCACUCAAUCUCCCGCAGGAUAUGGCUGUCACGAUGCUUGUGACAUGCGGCGAGGUGCGCGUGGUGUCGUCGACUCGCGGUGGAAACCGCGAACUCGGUGGGCCGGUCAUCGACUCGAUGCGGAGCCUGUGGUCGGACCUGUUUGGCCUUGCGCACUCUGGCCUGGAAGAGGCUGAAGAGCGUGCGUACGCGGCGACGCUUCUCCCUUCAACGCCCAAGUCGCUGGCUUGGGAGCACACGAUUGCUGGGGGGCUCUUUGUGGCCGAGCGCGAGAUUGUGAACGAGCUGACACAGCUUGAUGGAGUGACUGCUCGGCCGCUGCCGUGGCCGGUCUCGGACACGACUGUCUUCCACGUGACGGUCGGCGACGAGCUGACGGUGGUCGACACACUCGCACAGCGGGCGGCCAAGCCGAGUCCGUCGGCGGCAGCGCUGAAGGCCAGCACGUCGCGGCACGGCGAAUGGCUGGUGCCGCGGAGCGAGAUUGUGGGGCUGGUGGCGCAGGGUGGCGAGACGUGGAUGGGCUCGUACGCCAACGCGCACCGGGCGCGUUGGCGCGAUCAGGAAGUGGUGGUCAAGACGCUGCUGCGGCAGGACCUCGGGCCGGAGGACGUGAUCCGGAUGGCGGAGCUCUCGGCAUCGGCGCUUAUGAGCUCGAGCGAGACAGCGGUCGGCCCGCUGGCAGUGUGUCUGGACAAGGGCCAAUACGCGAUCAUUGUGCCGUUUUAUGAAGGCGGGACACUCGACGACGUGCUUCUCGGCACGCGACGCAACGUGGUGUUUGACGCGGAGGCGGUUGCCAUCGUGGCACGGCUCCUGGCGAGCUCGCUUGCCAAGCUCCACGGUUCGCUCGGCAUCGCACACGGCUCGCUGCGGCCGUCCAACGUGGCGCUUGUCUUUGAAGGCUCGCGCAUCCGCGAGGCGCAUGCCAUUGACUUUGGCAUGGACGGCAUCAAGGCCAACAUGGGAACGAUGACCAUGAUUCCGUCGGUGGCCUACAUGUCGCCCGAGGCGCUUCGCGGCGACACGACCAACAUCCGCGGCGACGUCUUUGUCAUGGGCACCAUUCUCUUCGAGAUGAUUGCCCGCGAGUCGGCCUUCUCCGGCUCGAACGCACUUGAAGUCGGCUUCCGCAUCUCCAACGGGCGGCGGCCCGAGAUGACUCCUAGUCAGAUCCCAAGCGCCGCCAUCCGCGAACUCAUCGAUCGCUGUUGGCGUGCCGACCCGCACUCGCGCCCGUCCAUGGCCGAGGUUGUCGAGAUUCUUGCCAGACUCGAUGUGACUGAGUUUGUCUCUUCCAAGCGAAACCAAGUCCGGAGUCUGGGCCGGGCCGGUGGUCGGAAGUGA